CCACCAUCCACACCUGCUUGAGGCAUCUCAAUUGGCACAUGAUGCCUCCGCAAUCCGCUCUCUAAUUUUUACACUCACACACAUAAAAUGCCUCCGCACCUCCACCCGCGGUCGCGCAUGACGACUUCGCUCUUUGGAACGACCCUCAUGGUUUCAUUCCUCGUCGUCGCCGCUCCACAUCUGAUACCCUGCCCAGUCGACCCUCGAACGCUCGCCGAUUCCCCAGACCCCACAGGAGAGAACAGGCGGAGAAGGAGACGGAGAAUAUCAGAAGACGAGAGCUGUAAUGAAGGCAUGAGUUUGGAGCGGAGGAGGCAGCGCCUAUUGGAAGAGAAGUUGGCUGCCAAGAGGGAGUGCCCAGUGCCGAAGCCUGGUGGUCUGAUCGGGCAGGUACUGGGUGUGCAAGACGAGGAGAGCAAGGAGGAGCAACAAUUGUCGAUCGUACAAAGGGUCGAGAGGGUCGUCUGCAGACCGUGGGGAAAGAACGACAAUCAAUAACAGGAGACGUGCGGAACAAUUCAACGAAAUAGACAUGCCGCUGCUGGACAUAUUCACAGACAUGGGGUACAAAACUCACGCCAGUGCGACCACUGCAUCUAAGGAUCUGCACAUAUAUAGUGGCACUAGAAAGAGAACCGCGAUAGACUGUAUAUAAGAAAGGACCAAGUCCUGAUCGAACAUCUCAACACCGCUUCUAUCCGUGUACAGAUCAGUCGCAGCGACUUUUCAGACC